UAUUAACAUUAAGUCAGGUAAAUCCCCCACUGAAUGCUCUCUGGCCAAAUGCACGGCCGCCAUGUCAUAAAUGAUUAAUUCUUGAAGUGUGGUAUCCGGUUACUAUCGUAAAGAACGCCUAAGUUAUGUGCGUAUGCUCUUAUUUCAAUUGAACAUUGUUGUGAACACUUAGACCUACUACACUACUCUUUUUGACGGUGGUCCAAAAGUUUAAAAAGCAUCAAUAAUUGCGAUCGACCUUGCGUUUUGUUGCGCUAAUCGUGGCCGCGCUGUGCAGCUGCAGCUUUUUUUUUUUCUCCCGUCACUCCACUCCAGUCGCGUGCGUGCGAUGUUGUGCUGCGGUGGCUUCCCGUCUUGCCAUCGCCCCUGUCCGUCCCCUCCCACUGGCGUCACGCAAGUCGACCUGCAGGUGAACAGUUCAUCGGCAGCUUUCCCCCCUCUCCUUCCUCCCCAUCGCGCACGCCAGCCGGCUGUCUGCUUUUUUGAGGCUCGCGCAAUGUUGCGCCGCGGGACCAAACCCAGCCGGCUUUGAGAGCCACGACGGAGGAUCAUGCGGUCGGAGCGCGGAUGCACAAGCUAACGUGGACGAGAGGAUGUCUGUUUGAACAGGCAGCAGCUGCGUGGGCGUCAAGCUCUCCUUCCAACGCAUGACAUGUGUAAAGCACGUGAGACGGCAAGCUGAGACUCAGCCCUGAGGGGGAAAAGCAGGAUGCGUGUCAUCGCGUCGCAUCUAUUGAGCCAGAGCAGCGUCAACCCCGCGGCGGUGGCCCUGCUGCUCACACUGUGUCUCGGCUUCCCUCCUUGGACCCUCACGUGCCCGCCCGGCUGCAUUUGCACUAGCGAUAUCGUUUCUUGCAGCGGCUGUAAUCUAUCCAGGCUACCCCUCGACCUCCCUGACUACGCCACCCGCUUAGACCUGAGCCACAAUUCCCUCGCCGCCAUUCCCACUGAUUGGACAACGCGGCCGUUCGAGCGGCUCGCCGCUCUGCUCCUCGGCCGCAAUCGCGUCGGCCAGAUUGAAGCCAACGCUUUCGCCGUGACACCUCAUCUCCUCCACUUGGACCUCUCAUCCAACAAUCUAUCAGAGCUCAAUUCGUCUAUCUUUACCGGCCUGACGCAGCUCAGAGAGCUGCUGCUGUUUGGUAACCAGAUUGCUCAAAUCAAUCCUAACUCCUUUAGUGGUCUCCAUAGUCUGGUGAAACUCUACCUGUCUGGAAACAGACUGACGUCACUUCCCGUAAAUCUUUGGGAUGGAGGUGGGCCUCGCAACUUGACCUUUCUCGACGUGUCAGCCAACAGGCUCGCCAGUUUGGAUGUCCGCACUCUGCUUUCUCUGAGCCAACAUGGCGGAAUUUAUUUGCAGGGAAACCCUCUUAGGUGUGACUGUGCUUUACUGGCUCUUCUUGAGUACUGGACGUGGAAGCAGUAUCGCCCCCUGUUGGACUUUAAAGAUGACUACCCGUGUAGGGAGAAUGUAAGCCCCAAGGUGAAUUGUAGCCUGGACGAAGAGGUGUCCAACGAGGCGGGAAGUUACCGAGUGGAUCCGGGUCAAUGGUUGUGGUUGACGUGCCCGGGCUUUGCUUCGCCGGCCGUGAAAGAUCCAGCUGUGUUCUGGGUGACCCCUAAAACGAUACUAUCAGCAGCCGAGCCAAGCGCUCACCUCGCAGUCCUCCCUAAUGGCACCUUGGAGAUAAGAGGAGCGCUGUUGGAGGAUUCCGGCGCAUACGCAUGCGUGGCAGCCCGCGGACGCCGCUACGACCCGGACGCAUCUCCCGAGGUCAACGUGGUCGUGGGAAACAUGAGCUCCGUCGCCCCCAGCGGCUUGGCCCAUCCAGGCGGAGGCGAGCAUUUCAAUACGGCUUUCACCACCCUGGCUUCCUGCGUGGUCAGCAUCAUACUGGUGCUCCUCUACCUCUACCUGACGCCGUGUCGGUGCAGGGAGAACAGGGGCGGGGCCCCAGGAGGCUGCGGAGGACGAGCUAUCGUCCUCUGUUCGGACCCCAGGGAACUUGAGUCGGGGCAGCGGAGGUCCAAUGGAAAAAGGGUAGCGUUCCUAGAGCCCCAAAUGGAGGACUGCGAUAGCACUGGAGCAAAGUCACCGGUUAUCAACACGAGUCAAGCUACCACUGAGGGAAUUCUUAAAAAUGGAAGCAGGACAGUGGGGCAGACCCUCACAGACUCAGCCCUCAUGGUAUAGCAAAACAUCAUCUACGAUGAAAAUAUACGCAAAACAGUAUGAAGAUUUGGCUUUCGGGUGAAAUCUUGCAAGUUGCUUAUUUUAAGAGGCUGAGGUAGCAUUUUUCGACUUUGACUGUUUGGCUUGUGUCUUUCAAAGUCAGGGCCUUUAAAUGGUGAGUGACGUGGGUGUCCGAUGGGCUAGCUGUGCACUUGCUAAUGGUUAGCAUGUGGCUCAGCUGUAGCCAUAGUAGCCAGUGUAUCAAUCUGCUCAUUAUGUGUAAUCAAAUGAUUCUACCGACUCAAGUCAUAAGACUCAAUUUAGCCAUUUAAGGGUCAUCCUGAAAUGUCACCCGAAAGUCCAAUUUCCCCGACAUUUUUUCGGGUCGUGUUUAACCAAUUUGACCAAUAUCCUGCCUGUGCUUGUAAGAAGACUCGAUAUGGAAAAGAUACAACAGCAAAAAUCACAAAGAUGAUGGAAAUGCAGGUGGCGGAAAAGUCACACUCCAGUCUGACUGGCUAUCGAUAAUUGAAAGACCUGUCGCGCUGUGCAAACAGCAGCACGGAAACCAAUCCAAACGUGUUCUAUUAUAGAUCAAACCCUGUCUGCUGUGUCUUCGAGUUAUUCCACAUGAAGAAAGGAACGAGUCUCUACUGGAUCACAUGACUGCUUUAAUAAGUUGGAGCAAUGUAGCGCUCACCAGUAAGAAUGAGAUUGAUCGAUUCUUUGUGGUGGAAAUUUCUCCAGGAGUUCAUUCAUGCUCAUUUUUGUAUGUCUGGUGAUGUAAUUGUUUCGUGAGAUGUCUUAGUAACAACGCAAUGCAGUAAGUAAGUUGAAUCAAAAGACGUCUUGAUGGCUAUCAUAUUAGCAUGCUUUAUUGUACUCAUAAACAUUACUGGGACGUUCAUAUUUUUAAAAAAAAGUUAACUAACAUAACCAUGUUAACUAAGUGCAUUAUCGUUAAAAAUCAUAUUGGUCUAUUUUUUUAACAACCUAAAGUAUUUGAACAGGGGUGUGUAGACUUAUUGGAUGUACGAAAUGUCGAAGAAUGAAGGUCAGAAAUGACUGCUUGGUGUUUCCAAUUGCACUUUGUUUCGCUUCAGAAUGAAAAGCGCUCAUCUAUCAACCCAAGAAAACGAACUGUUGGAACGAUUGACCCGAAGUACGCGAGAAAAGAAAGGCAGCAGAGUGAAGUGUCAUUCCGGCCCGAGUGGUGUCAACCAAUGAGAAAAAGGUGUGACCUACAUUCUCCCUUUGUCUGAUAUUUUUAGCUGUGUGCUGUCGUUUCCAAGGUGGCAGAAAGCUUGUAUUGCUUCAUCACAUGUCCUGUCCACACCAUCUUACAUUUUUUUUUAGUUUUGAUGUCCCAUUUGAAUGCACAUAGACAUCGUCACGAGUGUGGUAUUUUAAAAUAAAAGGUUACGUUUUAGAGGCUG